CCCCAUCCAUGAAUUUGUGUAAUAUUGUGUUAAAGGCUCCCUGAUGACUUAGCACUAACCAAUUCCUUCUUAUAUAUAUUCUUUAAUCGAAAUUUAUCAAGAAACCCAUUAUUUCUUGUCUUAUCCUGAUUAUUGUCCUCGACGAUUUGUUUAUGUCACCUGUAUUGGGUUUCUGAUACCACUUGAAGACCUGUGUGACAGAUCCCCUCUUAAUUUACUUGUCCAAUACUGAUUACUGACUCUGAAGACUUCGCUAGUAUCACCCUUGUUGUAUCUCCUGUACCUGAUUAAAUCAUUUUUGUAGUCCUUUGACGAUAAAGCUUAUGGAAGAAUGAAGGGUUUCAUGAUAUGGAGGCAGAACAUUCCAGAGGCGCUGACCUGUACCUGUGUUCGGAUAGAGCGCUCAGACACCUACUUUUUUAAUAUCAUACCUUACUGCACCUUGCUUCACUGAUGUAUUUAGUAAGAACGCCGUAAUAUAUGUUUUAUUAAACCCUGAUGCAUAAAAUAUUUAAUUAGAGUACGUUAAGAAUCAGGGAAGUGUGUAGGUGUGGAGGCGAAGUCAGUGUUGGAAGCUGGAUAUUCGCACGUAUAUUAGCAUUAACAAAGUUGGUAUUUGAUGAGCGUAAUACAAAUCUAAAUCCAUAAAUGACUCAUGAAGAGUUAAUAAUGAUAACUAAUCCUGCUUGACAGAGUCUCCCAUAACUAUCUAGAACUUUCUGGAAAAAAAAUAUUAAAUUAGUCUCAUAAACAGUUAUGUACCUUGGAAAACAUAUAUAACCUUAUAUUCCCUUAUAUACCAGUACAUCCACGCUAACAACAAUUUGCAAAGCUAUAAAUGCUAACAAAGAACGACUAUAACAGUGAAAUAAUUAAGCCGAAGUCAAGGCCAGAGAUGAGAGAGGAAUAGACGAGACCAGACUGGAGGCAGAUCACAGAUUUCAACUGACGGCGCACGCGAGUAACGUAGCAUCGCCUUUCUCGGGGCAUCACAGCCUUUCUCAGCCUCUACUCUCCUGCAGGCACGUCGCUCCAGAUACGUGAGGGGUCUUGCUUUGAUGUGUUGAGGUGCACCUGAGUUGUCAGGCCGUGUGUGGGAAAAUGUGAGGAGUGGUAGGGGACGCGCCGCCACCACCAUCACCGCCUGGCCAUAAGGAUUGUCUGUGGUUUGUUUGUUGCCUUGGUUUGCGUGUCAUUGCAAAGGGGCUUAUUGCCUUGGUUUGCGUGUCAUUGCAAAGAGGCUUAUUGCCUUGGUCUGCUUCUUACCUUGAUAUUUGUGUCACUGCAAGGGAGUUUCUUUCCCUGCUUUGUUUUACCUUGAUCAGCGUCACAGCAAGGGAACCAUUACCACCUUAAUUUCAUUCUUACCUUGAUCUGCGCGUCACUACACUACAACUUAUUACCGUGAUUUCUUUCAGUUCUUGAUCUCUGCGUCACUGCAAGGGAACUCUUCAUCCUUGAUCCACCUCAGCCCUGAUUGCGUCAUGGCAGUUAAGGGAACUCUGUAUCCUUGAUUCACCUCUGCCUAGAUCUCUGCAUCACUGCAAAGGAACUCUUAUCCUUGACUUGCCUUUUAUCGAAGAUAACGCUUCAUAGACAUAGAUGAUUCCUAGGAUGAGGCCCUAGUGUUCUUCUUGCUUAUUUUAUUUUAUUUUUUUUCAAGUUGUACAAUUGUAUCUUUUGUAGGCAUGUUAAACGUGUUGGUGACUGGGUAGAGUUGUGGGUUGGUGAGCUUGUGUACCAGUAGAUACAUCCAACCAACCAACUUCCACUCUUUCAAGUAGGGAACAAGAAAAGUUACCCUUUAGACCAAAAAAGUUGUGUGCUCUUGUAAUGUUUAGGUAAGUAGCAUCUUCCCAGUGGUGUGGCAAUAUAAUGUAACCGUAACAGCUGUCCUCCCCAUUGGCAGGCAGCAGCAGCAGCAGCAGCAGCCGCCAUGGUGUCUUUCCUCAUGGUGGGGCGAGCGGCUCCCCAGGUGAGGGCGGCACCGACCCAGCCCGGCAGCAGGAGGGCCUUGGUGCUUCCCAUGGUUCACCCGAGCCAGGUGAGGCUGAUCCACCGUGGCCCCUUUUGGCCAUUCUCUCAGAUGGAGUAGUUCGUGAGGGACAUGGAGAGGAAGUUCAAGAGAGACAUUGAGGACAUCCUAGGAACCUUUGCCAAGAAUUUUCCAGGAACUCAGCUGCCCAUGUUGAGUGUAAUGGCCAGGGCAGUGCACCCCACCUUUGGACAGAUGGAAAACGUAUCAACCCCUGAGAAACACAAGCUGAACUUCUAAUUCAUGAGUGCCAAGCCUGAGGACAUCAAGGUCACUCUUAAAGACCUGGUGGUGGUGAGGGAGCGCCUGGCAUCCGUCAAGAACAAGGUGCUGGUGCUGUCUGGCAAGGGAGGCUUGGGCAAGUCCACUGUGAGUGUCAUGUUGGGCCUUACCUUGGCCCUCGACGACUCCAAGGAGGUGGGGUUCCUUGACAUUGACAUCUGUGGGCCGUCUCAGCCGCGGGUGUUGGGGACAGCAGAGGAGAAGGUCCACUCUUCAGGUGCUGGCUGGUCCCCUGUGUAUGUGUCUGACAAUCUGGCUGUCAUGUCCGUUGGGUUCCUGCUCAACAGUGCAGACGACGCUGUCAUCUGGAGGGGACCCAAGAAAGAUGUGAUUGACGAGGUAGUGUUUAAGCAUGUAGCUGUGGAUGAAGUGGCUCUGCUGGAUGUGAGGAAGGAAAUCACAUUCUGCAGGAAAGUGAACAUUCCCAUCAUUGGCCUGGUGGAGAACAUGACCACCUUUGUGUGCCCCAAGUGUAAGACCAAGACGGCCGUCUUCCCUGCCACUACUGGAUGUGACCCCCAGCUGGCAGAGGAUACUGAGAUGCCACUGCUUGGCCAGCUGCCGCUGGACCCCCGGGUGGCCCAGGCGUGUGAUGAAGUCACCAACAUUCCGACACAAGAGCCAGAUGCUGCUGUCACUCAGGCAUACAAAGACAUUGCAAACAAAAUCAAGGAGUACUGUGACACACAGUCCCAAGAAGCCACUUGACCUGCAGCGGUAGCAGCAGCAGCAGCAGCAGUCAUCACCACACUAACCAACACAUUCUACAGAAAAGUCUUGUUAUUCAUGCAGAGGUUUAUUUUACAUUUACUUCUUAAAUCCAUAUUAUUAACAUCA